ACAUGAUUUUCCAGUUCCUUGUUGAAAGAAAUUCUGCCUGACACUGCUGUAUAGACAGGUUCAUCCUGUGGCUGAGAGAGAAAAAGAGAGGAUUACAUGCACCUGUGCACGUCAGUGAAAAAGCAGGAAGGGGAAGAAGGUGAAUCCAGACUGGAAAUGUCAUUGAGGCUGAAAAUGAAGCGAGUCCAUCUGCCUAUUUCGUUCUUUGUGGGAUGCUUUGUCACUCUGGCUGGUGUGUAUUUUCUACAACACACUGGCUGGUGUUCGGUUCCAAAAGAGACAAAUGGAGAGAGCAAAACAGCGGUUUCCAAAAUUGUAGGAAAUACUCCCUCUACUGCCCAUUUGAAACACAUCACAGUCAUGCUGAUUUGGCUCUGGCCCUUUGGACUGACCACUGACCUGAACGUCUGCUAUAAAGUCAAUAUUGAGGGUUGUUUGCUCACAGCAGACAGAACUGUCUACAGUACGGCAGAUGCAGUUGUCUUCCAUCAUGUAGACAUUAGAAGUGACCUGUCCAACCUGCCAACAAACCCACGCCCACCUCACCAGAAGUGGAUAUGGAUGAACUGGGAGGCUCCAUCUUACUCCCGCAGGAUUCCUGGGCUCAAUAAUCUCUUCAACAUGACCAUUAAUUACCUGCAGGACUCUGACAUCAACACCCCAUACGGGUACAUUGUACCAAAUAAAGGUGAAGAGAACUUUGUCCUUCCCAAGAAGGACAAGCUGGUUUGUUGGAUUGUAAGUAACUGGAAUGAAAACCUUGCACGUGUGAAAUACUUCAAUGAGCUUAAAAAGCAUAUUGACAUUUUCACAUUCGGAAGAGCCUUUGGGAAGGGACUCCCGAAAAAUGCCCAACUCCCCGUCAUGGCCAGCUGUAAGUUCUACCUUGCAUUUGAAAACUCCAUCCACAAGGACUACAUUACUGAAAAAUUUUACAACUCACUCACCAUGGGCACAGUACCAGUGGUUCUUGGCCCGCCCCGGAAGAACUACGAGUCUAUUGUCCAGGGAGAUGCCUUCAUCCAUGUAGAUGACUUUAAGUCACCCUUAGAGAUGGCUGAGCACCUGAAACUCAUGGACAAGAAUGAGAAAAUGUACCUUAAGUACUUUGCGUGGCAUGGACAUUAUAAAAUGAAGCAGCCACACUUCUGGCCGGAGUACGUAUGCCUGGCUUGUGAUCAUAUGCGUAGGAACACAGAGUACAAGGCGUUAACUAAUAUCGAGUCGUGGUUUUGGAAUUCAUAGUUCUUUCAAGAGCUGUGCCACGAUUCUUUGAUUUUUUUAUUAUUUUAAAGGCUUUUAAAGGGACCUUCUUCAAGUUUUUACUUACUUACACACACACACACACAUAUAUAUGUAUAAGACACAGAUCACAAAAAUGGGACAAAUCAGCACAUAUCUUGUAAUGUACAUGUGAAGACAAAUAGAAAUACAUGAGUGAAGAGGAACAGCACAACACUUGUACAUUUGAAGAAUUGCAUUAAUGAUUUGAUUUAUUGAGAAAUUACAUACAAAUAAAAUAAAAACAAGAAUCAAAC